AUGGCUAUUUCGUUUUCUGAUUCACAUUUUUUAUUCUAUAUUUCCUUCCGUCUGUCCGUCAUUUUUCCUUCCUUCCUUCCUUCUUUCCUUCCUUCCUUCCUUCCUUGCUUCCUUCCUUACUUACUUUCAUCCUACCUCCUUUCCUUCCUUCCUUCCUCCCUUCCUUCAAUCCUUCCAUCCUUCCUUCAUUCUUUCUUUCCUUCCUUUCAUCCUUCCUUCCUUCCUUCCUUCCUUCCUACCUCCCUUCCUUCAAUCCUUCCAUACUUCCUUCAUUCUUUUUCCUUCCUUCUUUCCUUCAAUCCUUCCAUUCUUCCUUCAUACUUUUUCCUUCCUUCCUUCCUUCCUUCCUUCCUUCCUUCCUUACUUUCAUCCUACCUCCUUUCCUUCCUUCCUUUCUCCCUUCCUUCAAUCCUUCCAUCCUUCCUUCAUUCUUUCUUUCCUUCCUUUCAUCCUUCCUUCCUUCCUUCCUUCCUACCUCCCUUCAUUCAAUCCUUCCAUUCUUCCUUCAUUCUUUUUCCUUCCUUCCUUCCUUCAAUCCUUUCAUCCUUCCUUCAUUCUUUCUUUCCUUCCUUCCUUCCUUCCUUCAAUCCUUGCAUCCUUCCUUCAUUCUUUCCUUCCUUCCUUACUUCCUUCCUUCAAUCCUUCCAUUCUUCCUUCAUUCUUUCUUUCUUUCUUUCUUUCCUUCCUUCCUUCCUUCAAUCCUUGCAUCCUUCCUUCAUUCAUUCUUUCUUUCCUUCCUUCCUUCAAUCCUUGCAUCCUUCCUUCAUUCUUUCCUUCCUUCCUUCAAUCCUUCCUUCCUUCCUUCCUCCCUUCCUUCAAUCCUUUCAUCCUUUCAUCCUUCCUUCCUUCCUACCUUCCUUCCUUCCUUCAAUCCUUCCUUCAUUCUUUCCUUCCUUCUUUCUUUCUUUCCUUCAUUCCAUCCAUCUUUCCUUACUUCCUUCCUUACGCUCUUCCUUCCUUCCUUCCUUCCUUCCUUCCUUCCUUACGCUCUUUCUUCUUUCCUUCCUCCUCCCAUCCCCUUUCCUCCUUCCCUUCCUCCUUCCUUACUUUUUUUCCUUCCUCCCUCCUCCCUCCUUCCUUCCUUCCUUCCUUCCUUCCUUCCUUCCUGUUCAAAUCUUUCUAUAUCUUUGUGCGUGUGUACCUGUUAACGUGUGA